AUGUUGGACUCCAAAGAGGCUGCAACUCCGAUGGCAACAAAUUGCUAUCUAGAUCUUGAUGAAGAAGGCAAAGCGGUUGAUAAAAAAAUGUACAGAGGUAUGAUUGGAUCUCUAUUGUAUUUAACUACCAGUAGACCUGACAUCUUGCAUGGUGUAUGUCUUUGUGCUAGAUUUCAGUCUUUAGCAAAAGAAUCACACCUAACCACUGUAAAAAGAAUUUUGAAAUAUCUUAAGGGAACCAAGAAUCUUGGACUAAGGUAUCCCGGUGGUACAAACAUUUUUCUUGAAGGUUACAGUGAUUCUAAUUUUGGUGGUUGUAAGCUAGAAAGAAAGAGCACUAGUGACACAUGUCAUCUACUUGUAUCCUCUCUAGUCUCUUCGCAUUCAAAGAAACAAGCUUGUGUGGCAUUAUCUACCAUAAAAGCUGAAUACAUAGCAGCCAGAAGCUGUUGUGGUCAAUCUCUUGGGUCAAGAGUCACCUAG